AUCAGUUGACGGCCCGCUGCCGCCGAAGCUUGAACUUGGACGGUCACCCACAUGGCUUUGACACGGGAACACGUGGCCACGCGGCUCCUCUGCACGGCGUUGUUGGUGUUGUGGACCUGCUUCGCCGUCGGACUCUGCCGGCCGCAGAAGCGCUACGGCAGCCGACAGUUCCUUCGGGCAAGUCAGCACUUGGAAUUGGUGCAACAGCAAGGACGCUGCAAGUUCCCACAGCCCAGAACGCUAUGUGUUCCAGACAUCUACCCAAACGAAAGCAAGAGGUACGCGCCGCACUGCACCAUCCUGCACCGCUGCGCUGCAGACACGGGCUGCUGCAGCAGCACGGACGAGCACUGCCAGCCCAAGAGCGUCCAAGCCGUGGAGCGGGCCUUCCUCGUCCUAGAGUUGGACAUCAGUGGCGAACAGCACACCAAAGUGGAAACGCUCGUCUUCGAGAACCACACGGAGUGCGAGUGUCGUCCCAAGUACGACCACAUCCGAUGACCCCACCGCGGGAAACGUGACCAGCUGGGAUCCGACGCACUGUGCAUCCACGUUUGCGCCAAUCAAUAGGAGUGUGUUGAAAACCUGUCAUGAUACGGUCAAAGAGGCACCUCGACAAUUGGCCCCAUACGGAACAUUUCCAUAUAGGAGGACGGAUAGGAAGUCGACAUUUCCAAUGAAAACCAAAGCAUGUUGCCAAACAUUCGCCAGUUGUGGUGCGAUGUCCAUGAUGCUGCAUUCUUGAAAAACUCAUGUGUAAGGAGAAUGUUAGGGACACUACAUAAUUCUUCAAUGAUAUUUAAGCAUUAUUUAUUAUAUUUAAAGCAUACGUCAUUUCAAGCUGAGUCUCAAGAAAGAAGCCUCUGCACUCCUAGUCAUAUCAUCUGCAUGUCACCGCUAUUUAUUUGUAAAUAAAUUUGUAUACAUUUUAUUUUGUGCCGUCACAGACUGUUUUUGAGGCAUUUAGUGCGGUGCUGGACGUCCAAACGGAAAGUACCUGCUGAAAGCCCCUGUAAUAUUACUUAAACAUAUUAUUGAUCAUGCCCGCAACAUGACGCUUAUAUUUUGUGUGACGCGACGCAGUACAAAAUGGGAUUCAUUUUAUUUGCAGAGCAAUUAUCUUAUUAUUGUCUGAAUUUUUAACAAAGG